UGCUGUUACUCCAGGAAGCGUUGGGGAUGGAGACGUGUCUCUAGUGGUGGGAUUGACUGGGCUGGACUGAGUUGAGCCGCUGGAUAUCAGCGGAAGCCUAGACGGCUAAGAUUGUGUUUCUUUGGGGGGGGGCGUAUUUUAGAAGUGCGGGACCCGGUCAUGGCCGCCUCUGCGAAGCAGGUGAAAGAGCUGCGGCUCCGCAUCCAAGAGCUGGAGGAAGAGCUGGUCCGGGAGAGGGGAGGCAGUCAGGGCCCGCGAGCGCGGAUCGCGGAGAUGAGCCCCGAGGUGACGGACUCCAAUCCAUACAGUCGCUUGAUGGCACUGAAAAGAAUGGGAAUUGUGAAAGAUUAUGAGAAAAUUCGUUCAUUUGCUGUGGCAAUAGUGGGUGUUGGUGGAAUUGGCAGUGUGACUGCUGAAAUGCUGACAAGAUGUGGCAUUGGUAAGCUGCUCCUGUUUGAUUAUGAUAAGGUGGAAUUGGCAAAUAUGAAUAGGCUCUUUUUUCAACCCCAACAAGCUGGACUGAGCAAAGUGAAAGCAGCAGAGCACACUUUAAGGAAUAUUAAUCCUGAUGUCUGCUUUGAAGUACAUAAUUAUAACAUUACCACUGUGGACAACUUUCAGCACUUUAUGGAUAGGAUCAGUAAUGGUGGAUUAGAAGAAGGAAAACCUGUUGAUCUUCUACUAAGCUGUGUGGAUAACUUUGAAGCUCGCAUGGCAAUUAACACUGCUUGUAAUGAGAUUGGACAAAAAUGGAUGGAAUCUGGAGUAAGUGAAAAUGCUGUUUCUGGUCAUAUCCAGCUGAUCAUACCUGGUGAAUCAGCUUGUUUCGCAUGUGCUCCUCCACUUGUUGUAGCUGCAAACAUUGAUGAGAAAACACUGAAACGAGAGGGAGUUUGUGCAGCCAGCCUCCCCACCACUAUGGGAGUGGUUGCUGGGCUUCUUGUGCAAAAUGUCUUGAAAUAUUUAUUAAACUUUGGAAUGGUGAGCUUUUACCUUGGCUACAAUGCACUGCAGGAUUUCUUUCCCACCAUGACAAUGAAGCCAAAUCCACAGUGUAGUGACCGAAAUUGCAGAAGGCAGCAAGAACAGUAUAAGAAAAAGGAAGCAGCAAAUCCAAAAGAAGAACUAAUAGAUCAGGAAGAAGAGAUAGUUCAUGAGGACAAUGAUUGGGGUAUAGAGUUAGUUUCGGAGGUUUCAGAAGAAGAACUGAAAGCUGCUUCUGGUCCAGUUCCUGAUCUUCCAGAAGGAAUCAUGUUGGCAUACACAAUACCAAACAAGGAAGAGAAUGCUACAGCUGGAGAAAUUGUUGAGGAAUCUGAAGAAAGUCUAGAAGAACUUAUGGCUAAAAUGAAGAAUAUAUAGAACAAAGAAGGUUUCAAGAAUGUGUUAAUUUCAAUGCUUUAUAGCUAUUUAAUGGUUUCUGGCUAAAUUUGGCCUUUUGUGAGUAAUAUUUGUUUAUCACUCUGUUUUGGUAUGAACAUCAUUGAAUUCCCAUAAGUUAAUACAUUAUUAGAAGCUAUGAGGGUCCAAAUUUCCAGCAGGAAUUAAAGCAAUCUGAUAAUACGAGAAUGAUAGUGGUAUUUCUAAUCAAAUCAAGUAUGAAGGUAUUUCCUGAAUGGUAAAAGUUUGUUUGUUAGAUAUAGGACAAGUAAAAUAAUAAUUUGACAGAAGUUCUAGUGUCCCUUAUAAUGUUUAGAAAAAUUAAAAACUGCAGUAGUUGUAGCUGUAUUUAAUUUUUGAAAUACCACUGUGCUAACUCACCCAUAAUGCUAAAUCAUGAAUUAAGUGUAGAGUUCCUUCUCCAGAUGUUUUGGAGUUUGAGUCUUAUGCAUCUUGGACAGUAAUUAUGACAGUUGGACGCCAAAAUGAGCCAAGUUGUUCAAGACUGGUUUUGUAUUACAUGCACAAAUUUUUACAAGUCUCAGCAAAAUUUAAGUAGGAAGAUUCCUCUUUUGCUGUUUUGCAACCAGCAGGAGCAAUAAACCAUGAUCCAAAUUUAAUUUUCUUUAUUUGCUGUCAUAUACAAAUCAGAACACAUGAUUUAAAGGAAACUCAAUUAUAUUAAACAAUCCAGGUGGACAAUCCAUAGUCUGAAGUUUAUUCACUUGGGAAUUUGACUUGAUUUUUAAAACAUAGUGUUUGGAUUUUACAUAACUUGUAAAGAAAACAAAACCGAAGUAUUUCUUUCACCGACAUACAGGAAAGGAGAAGAAUUUGUGUUUAAUACUUUUCAUGGGCUGAUAAUGCCAUAGUAUGCUUAAAAUCAUGAUUUAGCAUUAUGCGCUAAUCUAAACUCACUUGGUUUGUAACUCAUCAUACAUGUCUGUUGUUGUUUCCAUUAUAUUUUGGCUCACAAUUCAUUUCUGUAUAUUUGAUAGAAUUUUAUAUUUUGCAUCCAAAAUUAAAAGAUACGUCUGCAUAA